GUUACUCUGGAUCCAGACACAGCUCAUCCCCAGCUCAUCAUUUCUAAUCUGAAAUCUGUAACUCAUAGAGAAGUUCCCCAGGAAGUUCCUUCUUCCAAGAAGAGAUUUAAGAAGAGACAGUGUGUGGUGGCUUCUCAGGGCUUUUCUGCAGGGAAGCAUUACUGGGAAGUGGAUGUGGGAUUCAAAAAAAGAUGGUGUUUGGGAGUGUGUCAGGAUAAUGUGGACAGGCAGGACAAAGACGGAAUUUUAUCUCCUCAGUAUGGGUACUGGAUCAUUGGACAGAGCAAAGCAGAUGGGUAUUUCACAUUCAAUCCAAAGAGAAUCUGUUUAUCUCUAAAGACCAACCCUACACGAGUGGGGAUCUUCCUAGAUUAUGAGGGUGGGGAUAUUUCCUUCUUCAGUAUAAAUGACCAAUGUCACAUUUAUACCCUGGAGCAUCAGUUUGAAGGCUUAUUGAGGCCCUUCAUUGAGCCUUGGUCAUAUUCUGAGGAAAAUCAGAUGCCCAUAGUCAUCAUUUAG